AAAGGGUUCAGUACCUCUACCAUGAGUUUGCCUUGUAUAGUUUCCGCAGACAGUGUAGUUGAAAAAAUGUAUGCAAACUGGAACAGCGCCUCUAGCGGAUAGUUUAAGUACCAAAAUUGGUAGUAUGAGUUGCUCUAACUAUCACUGUCAUCAAUGUCAUAGUUUACUAUACUACAAUGACUGUAGUUUAGCCAUGAUCGUUCAUUCUUUUCAAACAAUAUUGGUACCAUGAGUUACAAGUUUAGCCGUUGCUAUAGCGACAAACUAUUACUACCGUAGUUGCGGCACUCACCGACUUUGAUGUACGUGACAGCAUCUAUUUAUAUUUUUCAAAAAUAAAUAUUUUUGAUUUCACUAUGUUUAGUAGAACAUAUUUUGCAUACGAUAUGUUGGAAACUGCUGCAUUAGAGGAUGAUCGACAGGAGCAAAGAAAAUAUCAAAGUAACAUGCGUAAAAUACUUAAAAAUAAUUUUGAAAAUAUUAGUGACACAAAAUUUAUAAAAUUAUAUCGGCUCACUAAAGAAGUUUUUAAAAAAUUGUGCGAUUUGUUACGCCAACACACGAAUUUAAAAUCAUCUCAAAGGGUUUCAUUAGAAUCCAAGGUAUUAUGUGCUCUACUAUUUUAUGCUCACGGGGACUAUCAGCGCGUUGUUGGAGAGGCAAACCAUUUUUCCCAAGAAGCCAUGAGCGUAUAUAUACAAGAGGUCACUGCAGCUUUGAACCAUCCAGCUAUCGUAAACAGUUUUAUAAAGUUCCCGACGACGCGCCAGGAACGAGAUUUUGUUAAACAAGGUUUUUACAGGAAAUAUCAAAUCCCUGGUGUGAUUGGUUGCAUAGAUGGCAGCCACUUUAGAAUUUUUAAGCCCAAUCAUGAAGUGGAGCAUCUGUUUUAUUGCAGAAAAAAUUAUCAUUCCUUGAAUGUCCAAAUGAUUUGUGAUUCUAACUGUAAAAUAAUGUCAGUUAAUGCUAAGUUUGGUGGAGCAACCCAUGAUGCCUUUAUAUGGGAAAAUAGCGAUGUCAAUAAUUACAUACAAUCAUUGCAUCGAAGUAAUGAAUCAUCGUGGCUCCUGGGUGAUUCUGCAUAUCCACAAAGGCCAUGGAUGAUGACGCCUUAUGCAGACUCAUCUAACCCAAUUGCAGAAAUAUACAACAAGAAACAUAGUGCGACUAGAGUUGUAAUCGAAAAUACUUUUGGUCGACUGAAAAAUCGGUGGCGAUGUGUGUGCAAAGACAGGGUUUUGCACUAUAAACCAGCCAAGUGUGCACAGAUAAUUAUUGCGUGUUGCAUACUGCACAACAUUGCCACCGAUUUUAACAUUCCAGACCCUGAGGACAGUGAAGGCGAUAUUGCUUUGACAGACACAUCUGUCAAUGAUCCAGUGCAUGAGCAUGAAAUCAAUAAUGAUUUAUUAAUGGGAAGAGCUGUGCGAGACCAACUUGCCAGGAGAAUUAGUGGAAUAAAUGUACAAUAAUAAAGUAGAUAAAUUGAAAAAA